AUGUUAUACAAGGUGCACUGCCAAACUGUGACUGAUGGAGUAGAUAUCCCAGACCCAUGGAGCUUCAAACUUUCAUAUGAUAAGUUAGUCAUCGCAUCUGGAGCACAGGCUUCUACUUUCGGGAUAAAGGGUGUGAAGGAGCACGCAAUUUUUCUCCGUGAAGUUCAUCAUGCUCAAGAAAUCCGGAGGAAGUUACUAUUAAACUUGAUGCUGUCGGAUGUGCCUGGGGUCAGUGAUGAAGAAAAGCUUAGACUACUUCACUGCGUUGUUGUUGGUGGCGGUCCAACUGGAGUCGAGUUCAGUGGUGAACUUAGUGAUUUUAUCACUAGGGAUGUUCAUCAAAGAUAUGCCCACGUGAAAGAUUAUAUCCGUGUUACAUUGAUUGAGGCAAAUGAGAUAUUAUCUUCCUUUGACGAUCGCCUUCGGCAAUAUGCGACUAAGCAGCUAACCAAGUCGGGAGUUCGUCUUGUCCGUGGCAUUGUCAAGGAUGUUCAACCGCGGAAGAUAAUUCUGACUGAUGGCACAGAUGUUCCAUAUGGCCUGUUAGUGUGGUCUACAGGCGUUGGUCCCUCAGGUUUUGUGAAUUCUCUAGAAGUUCCAAAAUCUCCCUCUGGAAGGAUUGGUGUUGAUGAGUGGCUACGCAUCCCUUCUGUGCAGGAUGUGUUCUCUAUUGGUGACUGCUGUGGGUUUCUGGAAAGUACGGGAAAACCAGUUCUUCCUGCUUUGGCGCAGGUUGCAGAGCGUCAGGGGAAAUAUCUAGCCAAACAAUUGAACAGGAUUGGUGAAGCUGGUGGCGGUCAUGCUAAUGCAGCAAAAGGCAUGGAACCCGGGGAUCCCUUUGUCUAUAAGCAUUUGGGGAGCAUGGCAACAAUUGGAAGAUACAAGGCUCUAGUGGACCUUAGGCAGAGCAAGGAAGCAAAAGGGCUCGCUCUGGCAGGAUUUACUAGCUGGUUCAUUUGGCGAUCGGCAUAUCUCACACGUGUAAUAAGCUGGAGGAACAGAUUCUAUGUGGCAAUCAACUGGGCCACAACUUUUGUAUUUGGCCGGGAUAUAAGUCGGAUAUAGAUUGAAACACAAAGGAAUCGGCAGUGUCCCCAUUUAAUAGUCUGUUGGUGUUUCCCUGUGUUACUAAUCCAAGGAACAAAUUCGGAACACUUUGGGCUGCGUACACUGUGAUUCGAGCCCCACCAAACAUUGGAGAAGAGGAUAAAAUAGGAAACAAAGGUCAUUUGCUUUCAUUGAGAAGAACAGUGAAGCAUGUUUUGCCAUAGAGAUAAGUAGUUGUAUUCUUUAUUAAUGUUCCUAUAUACCACUUAAAUUUUUUGUGAAAUUGGCUUUUGAUAUUCCUUGAUAUCUUGAAUUGAAAUUUUUGGUGGAUUGUAAUGCAUUUGCUCGGGGUCAGGCUGACAAAUCGUUUUCCACCUGAAGGCCUUGAUAGCAAU